GAAAUGCAUCACUUUGCCUGAGGUAAAGAGGUGCAGACGAGCCGGUGAGAGAAGGGAGGGAAGUCGAGGCCACAAUUAUGGCACAGAUUUCAGCUUUACUUUAUUUGUACGUCAAUGUUUGUUGCAUUAUUUUGGGUAAUGUGGCCUUGGAAUAUGAUACUAAAGCACCAGAAGUUACAGCCAGAGGACAUUUUAUCAUCGGAGGAAUGUUCCCCCUCCAUCAAGGUGUUGACACAUAUAACAACAGUUCCUUUGCUCCCCAGUCUCACAAGUGUGUUGGGAUAUCAGUGGGGAGCAUCGUACUAUUGCUGGCUAUGAUGAAUGCAAUUGAUUCGAUGAAUAAAUCUCCUUUCCUGAUGGAUCUGGACAUCACUCUGGGCUACCGGGUCCAAGACUCCUGCAGAGAUGUCAGCAUGGGUCUGAGAGCCACAGCUGACUUCAUCGAGCAGGCCAAGUGUGGAACAGGACACGCGAGCUCUACAUGUGAUCAACCAGUUGUCGCCAUUUUGGGCUCGUCCUUUUCUGAAAUGUCGAUUGUUGUUGCCAGGCAUCUAGCCCUUGACAUGAUUCCUCAAAUCAGUUAUUCAUCAACAGCCGUGAUUCUAAGUGACAAGCGCCGCUUCCCCAGCUUCAUGAGGACGGUUCCUAAUGAUAAGCACCAGACGGCUGCCAUGGUCCAACUCAUCAAGCACCACGGUUGGAACUGGGUGGGAAUGGUCAUCUCGGAUGGUGAUUACGGUCGCUCGGCACUUGAGCACUUUGCCGAUCAAGCCGCGAAAAGCGGAAUCUGUCUCGCAUUCAAAUGCGUCCUUCCGAGCACCGGUACGGAUGAGGACUUACACUCCGCUUUCAGAAUGGCCGUCCAAACCAUCUAUCAAAAUCCGAAGGCGCGGGUUAUUGUGUCCUUUUCAAAGUCGUCUCACAUGAAAGACAUUUACCAGGAAAUGAGGAAUGAGGUUCUGAGAAAAGGGCAAAGCAUGGAGUCCAUGAGGAGAGUGUGGUUGGCCAGUGACAGCUGGUCCAUGGCGAGCUAUGUGCAAGGAGACCUCAGCCUCGCGGAUAUAGGACACGUCGUGGGCUUCAACUUCAAAACCAUCAAACAUUCAUCCUUCAGCGAGUACCUGGACAGGCUGGAGGCGACCGGCUCCAACAACACAUGGAUCAACACCUUCCUGCAAGAAUUCACCAUGCAGACGAAUAUCAGCGACCCGGUAUCUCAAGUGGUGAAGAUCAUCAGAGAAAACAUGAACCCGGCCACGGUCUUGAGUGUCGAAUUGGCUGUGGCCGCCAUAACUCAAGCUAUAGCUUCUCUCUGCAGGAGCAGAGAUUGCAAAACUCCCGGCAACCUGCAACCCUGGGAGGUAUUGGAAGCGCUUCGCAGAAAUGAAUUUGAGUGUCAUGGGAGGAAAUACACAUUCGACAAUCUAGGUGACAUCAACCAAGGUUAUGAUGUUGCCCUAUGGAGGUCAAUCGAAGGGAAAAUUGACGUCCAUGACAUCGUGGCUGAGUACAGCCCACAAGUCAGCAGCUUCACCCUAACGGACAGCAACUCCACGGGUCGUUUUCACGACUUGCAGCAAAUAGUAUCAAAAUGUUCCAAUAGCUGCAUGCCUGGGGAGUUCAAGAAAACAUCGGAGGGGCUACACACCUGUUGCUAUGAGUGCAUCAACUGUACGGAGAACUACUACUCCAACGACACAGAUAUGGACGAAUGUAUGAGCUGUGAUAAAAAAACGGAGUGGUCUCCUCAGGGAAGCGCCCUGUGCUUGCCGAAAACUGUCAUCUUCUUCACGUGGCAGGACCGCUUUGCCCUGGCGCUCCUGGCGUUCUCAGGUCUGGGCAUCCUGCUGGUUCUGCUGGUGUCGGCACUGUUUCUCCAUAAGCGAGACACCCCUGUCGUGAGAGCCGCCGGAGGACCCCUGACUCAGGUCAUCCUGUACUCUUUGGUUGUAAGUUUCAUCAGCGUCGUGCUGUUUGUCGGCCGGCCUCGCUCGCUCCAGUGUAAAGUGCGACAAAUGCUCUUUGGCAUCAGCUUCACUGUGUGCGUGUCCUGCAUCCUGGUCAAAUCCCUGAAGAUCCUUCUGGCAUUCCAGUCGAAUAUCGACAUGCAGGGAGCGCUCCGGAAAGUCUACCAGUCCUACUUAAUUGUCGUUGCCUGUGUAGCCUUCCAGGUUACUAUUUGCAUCUGCUGGCUGGUCCUCAAGAGCCCUUAUAAACAUGUUGUUUCACAGCCCAAAACUAUGUUGGAAUACUGCCAUGAAGGAUCAUACGUGGCCUUCGGCGUGAUGCUAGGCUAUAUCGCACUUUUGGCUUUUGUUUGUUUCGUCUGUGCCUUCGUGGGGCGUAAAUUACCACAGCGGUACAAUGAGGCGAAAUUCAUUACCUUCAGCAUGCUGCUUUACCUCACCUCCUGGAUGAUUUUCGUCCCCAUCUACAUCACCGCUGAUGGACUGUAUCUUCCGGCUGUGGAAAUGGUGGUCAUUCUCAUCUCCAACUAUGGCAUCAUAGGCUGUCAUUUCCUCCCAAAGUGCUACAUCAUUCUUUUUCGGAAAGCCCAAAACACCAGCAGUGCUUUCAGGGAAAAGCUGUAUCAGUAUAAUGUCAAAAGUACAGAAUCGUUUUCUGUGUCUGGGACUUCGGUGUCAGAGAAACAUUUUAGCAAUAAGGAGAGUGUCAGACAUUCCCCGUCUGAAAAGGACUUUGUCAAACCUGCUGCGGAGAAAAACUACAGCAACAGAGCUACUUUCAGAGUUUCGUACAGAGGGCAAAAUAAAGUCAGCGAUCGAUACAGUUCCCACAGAAGAAGCAUCAGCUUACCGGCUUUCCCGGACUAAAAAAAAAAAAACAAAAACAAAAACAAAAAACUGUCAAUCCAUUAUCUAGCUCAUGAGGGUGUUACAAGACAACACGAAUCUCUGCAAAUAUUAACGUUUUCAAAUGAUUGCUCCACUGGUGAGUUAUUUUUACAACAAGCGUGUGGGCUACUCACGUGGUCCUUGGGGGCUACCCGGUGGUGACCCCUGCUCUCUAAUGAUCCCUAUAACCCCACACAAAAAUUAUGGAAUCACUCAAUUGUGAGGAAAACCACCAAAAUAACACUUCACUAUACACCACUAGUACUUUGUUGCACCACCUCUGGCUUUGCUAACAGCUCUAAUUAGUGAUAAACAGAGUUCAAUCUGGCACCAACUUUCUCAGCUUGCUUUUGCCAGAUCAAUUUUGCAGGUUGGAGCUUUGCUAUUGACCUUAUUUGUCUUUGUUUGGCUAGAUGCACACUCAACUUGAUCAUCCCCAAACGUCCAUUCAAUUGAUGGAAUACGAAAAGUGUCUGAAACGUCAGUGACAAGUUGUGCUUCUAUUGAAGACGUAAUGGCAGACGUCUGCCCCCCGUGCCUUUACCUGACACGCAGCCCCUUAUGAUCAAUGACUAUGGGAAUGGUCAUGUUUUCUUCCGACAGUCAUCUUCAUAAAUCUCAUUGGAACGGCACCAAACAAAUAUUUCGGCGUCAUCACCUUGCCCAAUGCGGAAUCGCGAUUCAUCAAUGAAUAUCACUUUUCUAAGUCAUCCACUGUCCACAAUUUCUUUUCCUUAGCCCACUGUACACUUUUUUUGUCCUGUUUUGACGUUAUUUUUGAUGGCUUUUGUUUAGCUUUUCUGGAUAUAAAUCCCAUUUCCUUGAGUUUUUUUUUUUUUUUUUUUUUUUAAUGGCUUGACGCUUUGAUGUCUUCCUUGGUCUCCCAGAGUGCUUGCCUUUGACAAACUUCCCCGGUUGUUUGUACUUGUUUUGGAUUUUAGACACAGCUGGCCGUGAACAAUCACGUUGUGCAGCAUUGCGUGAUGGUUUACCUUCUUUCGGAAGUUUGGUAAUCCUCCCCUUUGUUUUAAUUGAGCCAUGAUUCAUGUCAGCCCAUUUGGUACAACAGCUCUCCGAGGUGUACUCACUCCUGUUUAAUUGCAGACUAACGAGCAGUUCCAAUUUGAUGUAGCUAUUAGUUUUGGGAAUGGAAAUUUACAGGGGUGAUUCCAUUUUUUUUUUCUUCAGAAUUGAAUGAUUCCAUAAUAUUUUGACUUUGUUGGGUCUAAAAAAUGUAACUACUGCAUUUUUUUCUUGAUUUUUAUUAGUGUUUCUUUGAAGCCGGAAAGUUGCCAUUGAAAUGACUUUAGUUUUAUGUCAUGUCUGUGAUCUACUUUUUUAAUACAAAUUGAAACAACUGAAUGAACAUCCUCUGAGAUUAGUGAUUCUGUAUUUUUUUUUUUUACCAUGAACAUCGUGAAAAAUUUUUUGCCAGGGGGUUUUAGGGGUGACUGUGAACACGUGUUUGCCUCAAUGUAUCCUGUGAUUGACUGGCGAUAGAGAAAAUGGAUAGCUAUACUGUAUAUCCAACGCCCAAUAAGCUUGAAAACACAAGAACACGGGUGAUGAGGUGUCAGUCUUGUGGUUCUCACGUGAUUUGGAUUAAGAAACUGCAGUCCUGAAUACCUUCAACAAAAAUGUUGACGUUGACUGGCAUUCAGGAAUGUGGACGAGCUCAGUACUGAACUCUUCAUCACUGGACAAGUUUACGGUAACUAGAUCCUGUUCGCACGAAAUGCAUAGUUGUCUGAUUAACAUGCUGGCACAGCUUUAAGAACGCCAGGUAAUGCAAAGGGACCUUUAUAAAAACCAAAUAUUUUCGCUAUGUCCAACAACAAUGGAGUCCAGUUGAAAACGGGUCGGCCUUCUUUGUUUGUGCUGAUGGCGCAUGUAAAGAGCAGCUCGACAGUACAGUGUUGUACUGAGUGUAUCCUGCUUUGCUUCCUCUAUUUAACCUCAGAUUUUGUAAUUCAUCAAACGUCCGAUUUAAGAGUUAACUGUCAACCUCUUUGCAUCUCAGAUAAUGAGGCUACAUAUUCAUGGCGUACUAUUACAAAAUCACCAACUACUUCAACAUGAUGUACUGUGCAAUUGGGGCGUGUGCCGAUAUCGGGAACCCAUUAGAUUUAGGAGUGGAACUAGAUAAAGUUGUAGAUCUGUUUCAUCCCCGCUGUUUUUGCAAGGGCAUUCUUUGCAAUUUCUUUGUGAAUCGUUCAUUGCACACCGGAGGCCCACGCAGCAGGUGGGCGUCUGUGAAUGUGUACAAUUUUGGUGCUGAUCUAAAGUCGGGUCAUCGGUCUGUGCUCAGUGUCAAUUGCGAGUAUGUAUGAGUUCGUUCAAAAUCCCAAACCACCACAAAAAAUAUUUAAGAUUUUUUUUCUUUAAUUGAAAAAAAAAAAAAAAUCAUCCACAAGAAUGCAAAUUCACAAGUGCCGAACCACGAGUACGUGUGGGUCAGGUGGAUUUUUGUCUCCCAAAAGGAGUAAACCGCUGUUUAGCCAUGAACAGAAUUGAAGUAAUGUCCACCCACGCCGGUCAUAAAAUUUGUUAAAAUAAAUUAAACACGUGCUUGACAUUCUCAUCUCAGGUGAAAAAAAAGAUGAGGGAUUAAUUUAUAUGUGUCCAAUAUUUGUGCUCAUUUAUGUGUUUUUGAAGGACAUCCUUUUCGGUCACUUCUAUGAAACAAUCAGGAAACAGAAGUGGCGUCUACGCGUCAGGCAUGCCAUGUCGAAACCUACGUUUAUUUUUAGGUGCGUGCAAGUGAUUUAAUCUUUUAACCUACUUGUGUCCAUCAAGGCCACUGAGGUAUUUCCCACAGCCGGGAAAUCAGAUUAAAAGAUGAAUUAAUUCAAAAGAUUACUGGUGUCAGAGCAAGAACAUAACAGCCUCAGGUGCGGCAUGUCAUCACAUUUCACGCGCACAGAAAAGCCUCAACUGCAAACUUGUCAGUCCAGUUUUUGACAAAGACACGGCACAUUUGAGAGGCGGGGAGGUUGAAGAAAACUUUUUGUUCCUCGAUGAAUUCCAUCAAAUCAGUCUCAGUCAUUGUCCGUUUAUUACUGUGUCGAUGUCAAAAGAUAAAUAUGGGAAAGUGGUGUUUUACCAAAAAAUUUAAAUGAUUUAAAAAAAAAAAUCUCUGGGUCAAGGUUGAAGGGAUGCAAGCGGCUAAUUGCCCUAAAACCUGCACAGAAAUGUGAAGUUUUCUUGAAAAUGCAACUGAGCUGAAAUGGUUUGAAGUGUCCUCUCUUUGUUAAGGAUUUCCAAAUACUUUAUCACAAUGAACAACUUGAUGGUGGUUUCCCAUAGUUCAUUAUACUGUCUGUUUGCGUAAGAAUCAUUUGUAAAAUGACGUACGUAUUGGGGUUUGGUUGUACAAGUCUUUAAAUAUUGGCCUAGGCGAAAUAUUUUAACAUUAUUUUUGUUUAGCUUUUAUAGACGGAGAACCCCCACAUAUUCAUGGUUCGGCAUUGACAAAUUCACCUAUUAGUGUUAUUUGGGGGGGGGGGGGGUUAUUGUCCAUUAUUUACUGAGAAACUUGUCUAUUCCAUUGGAAUG